UUGUGAUCACGUGGCCGGCUCCGGGCGCGGCGCUUGUUUUGGUUUCCUCCAGCUUGCCCUGCAAGCCUCGAGGUUAGCUGCUUUCUUGCACCGGUUGCCGCACUUGCAAACGCCCUGGUCUGGGUUCCUCGGGCUCCGCCCGUGCUACCCGAAGCCCUCUCGGGGCGGGCUUCUGCCAUGCCGCUGCUCCGCUACAGAAAGGUGGUCAUCCUCGGAUACCGCUCCGUAGGGAAGACAUCCUUGGCACAUCAAUUUGUGGAAGGCGAGUUCUUGGAAGGUUACGACCCCACAGUGGAGAACACUUACAGCAAGAUAGUGACUCUUGGCAAAGAUGAGUUUCACCUACACCUGGUGGAUACAGCAGGGCAGGAUGAGUACAGCAUUCUGCCCUAUUCAUUCAUCAUUGGCGUCCAUGGUUAUGUGCUCGUCUAUUCUAUCACCUCUAUGCAUAGCUUCCAAGUUGUUGAAAGUCUCUACCAAAAGCUACAUGAAAGCCAUGGGAAAACCCGGUUGCCAGUGGUACUAGUGGGGAACAAGGCGGAUCUCUCUCCAGACAGGGAGGUGCAGGCAGUCGAAGGGAAGAGGCUGGCAGAGUCCUGGGGUGCGACAUUUAUGGAGUCAUCUGCUAGAGAGAAUCAGCUGGCUCAAAGCAUCUUCACCAGAAUCAUCCAGGAGAUCGCCCGGGUGGAGAAUUCCUAUGGGCCGGAGCGGCGCUGCCUCCUCAUGUGAGCCCUGGAGCACAGGAUGACAGCUUCGGGUCUGCCCCUGGCAUUUGCCAGGCUCCAGUGGUCUGGGGCAGGGCCGGCAGGCCCUCAAAGACUUCACGGGUACUGUUGCCACCACACAGUGUGGCACCCUUCAUGUGUAUACACUUUCCCUGGGCUCCGGCAGCCUGGGUGUCACUGUUUACAGUGGGGCAAAGAUGUGGGUGGGCACUGGCCUCUGGCCCCUGUUUUUUGCUCUAUGAAUUCUGUUCUAACCAGCAGGGCUGGGAUGCGGGAUUCCUGGUCCCUGUUUAUCCAGGUCCAUUCCAUCCUGUGUUGGCUGGGUGAGCUAAGCUGGGGGCUCAGGAAGCAGAGCUGGCUCCCUGGGAUGACAAUGUACAUAUGCAAAUAA